CGCCUCGUAUCUCCUGUCCUUUGCAUCGUUAUUACAAGGUCAACAACUCCAUCCUCUCACUAAAGGGAGUCUGGCAGACAGGAGGCAAACAGUUGGCAGAUAAGGUGUUUGAAUAAAGGCAUGGUUUGGGGGCUCUUUGAUCACCUGCCGCGCUUCAUGGAGUCGGAUAAAAGUUUCCAGCCCUGGAGAGACUACAUAGGACUGUCGGACACAAUCAGAGAGAUCUUGGGCCGGCACACGGACACUGAGUCCUCACUGCCGGCCCCCAAAGCUCCGCACUCAGAAUCUGAUGACCUGUGCGGGGCACCGAUGUCCGUGCGCAAUAACGCGGUGUGCCAAAGCGGCGACCUCGGGGCAGACUGUGCGCCAGAUCUCCCCGGUACAGCAACGCUGGCCUCAAUGGCUCAUCAGCGUCCACCUGAUGGUUUGUGGUACGCUACAGACCCCUUCCAUGCUGAUCCACCAGACGCGGUGGAUAUGAAGCCAGUGCCAAGACGUGAACCAAAAGACCGCAAGAAGAGCACUCGUUUCAAGACACCGGAACCGGCCUUGUCAUCCGCGUCACCUGAGCCCACGUUCUGCAGUUUCUGCAAACACAACGGGGAGUCCGACUUGGUGUGUCGAUCCCACCGGCUGAAGAACCAGGCCGGGGAUGUUCUGUGUCCCUAUCUGCGGCAGUAUGUGUGUCCUCUGUGCGGAGCCACGGGGGCCAAAGCUCACACCAAGCGCUUCUGUCCGAAGGUGGACAGCGCGUACAGCUCCGUGUACGCCAAGUCCAGACGCUGAACCAGCAGGAGGCAGGUAGCAAAAAGACACAGAGGGCUGAAACUUCCUUUUAUUGAGUGUGGUUUUGUUUAUUAUCACGUGUGUAGUUUGGGUUUUAUUUGCAUGCUUUGGCACGUUUGCCGUGUAGCCUUCUCUUAAAGCUGAUUGGAGUUAUUUCCCAGCUGGUCUUUUUGAUGGCCUUGCCUUCUCUAACAGCGUCCCUUUGGGGGUUUUCAUUUUGUAUUGUUCUUUCAAUAACGACUGCCAGAUAUGUUUGGGAGGAGAAAAAAAGAAAAGACAAUGUAAGUUUUAUUUUUUUUUAAUGAAACAUUUUUUAACAUGGCCACUUAAUAUCCAGUUUCAUACCUCCUGCCCAUGCAUUAAAGGAUCAUCACACUGUCACACCUUUCUCUGAAGACCAGAGUAAUAACUAUAAUACAGCAUGUAAACAUCAAGUGACCAUGUCAGCAUUUUAAAAUUAUUAUUUUUAAUUAAUAUGAGUGAGGUGUUCUUGUUCUGUACCUGUUCCUGAGACAUGUUUGUUUUAUUUUCAAUAUUGUACAUGUGGCUCUUCUAAAAUGCCGUACAAGCUCUUCUCACUCUGAGAAAAGAAAUGUGUGAAUUAAUCUGUGUGAAUAUUAUUGUAUGCCAGAAUAUACAUAGUGAAAACAUC